AUGACUUCUAGUGUCGAUACGAUCAUCAACAGGGCUACACCGGAUGAUGUCCCAGGGUUAGAGGACAUCGUCAAGGCUGCCUAUUCAAAAUACGUCGAACGCAUCGGCACGCCGCCAGCCCCGAUGCUUGCCGAUUAUAGGCAGCUCUUGAAGACGCAGGAUAUCUACGUCCUUCGGAGAGGCGAGAAAGGCAGUGCAGUCGGAUCCAUCAUCUUGUCGGUAGACGACACCCAGGGUUCCGUCAAGAUCAACAAUGUCGUCGUGGAUCCCUCGGCGCAAGGGCGCGGCUACGGUCGCCUGCUGAUGAAUCACGCCGAGGCCGUGGCGCGCUCUAAGGGACUCGAGGCCCUCACCCUGUUCACCAAUGUCAAGAUGUUUGAGAACAUUGGCCUGUACAACAAACUAGGGUUUGUCGAAACAGAGCGCCGAACUGAAGGGCCUUACGAGCGUGUGUAUUUUCGAAGGAAUCUGGCAUAA